AUGACUGGCGGGACCCAGCUGCCAUUGGAUCAUCGCGAAGUGAUCGACUAUCUCUUCAAGCUCCUUCUGAUUGGAGACUCAGGUGUCGGCAAGUCUUGCCUCCUGCUCCGCUUCGCCGAUGACACCUACACGGAGAGCUACAUCAGCACCAUCGGCGUCGACUUCAAGAUCCGCACCCUGGAGCAGGAGGGCAAGACCAUCAAGCUGCAGAUUUGGGACACGGCCGGCCAAGAGCGAUUCCGAACCAUCACCAGCAGCUACUACAGAGGUGCGCAUGGCAUCAUUGUCGUGUACGACGUGACGGACAAGGAAUCCUUCAACAACGUCAAGCAUUGGGUCCAGGAGAUCGACAAGUAUGCGGCCGACGGUGUGAACAAGCUGUUGGUGGGCAACAAGUGCGACCUUUCUUCCAAGAAGGUGGUCUCGUACGAUGAGGCGAAGGAACUCGCCGACUCUUUCGGCAUCCAGUUCAUGGAGACCAGCGCCAAGAACGCCCACAACGUCGAGCAGGCCUUCCAGACCAUGGCAAAGGAAAUCAAGCAGCGGGUGGCCUCGCAGCCGCAGGCCAAGGCCGGACCCGGCAGCACCACUCUCGGUGCCGGCCGCCCUGUGCAGCAGGGAGGCUGCUGCAAGUAA